AUGAGUUUAGCAGGGGAACCGACCAAGAACGAUAGCUUGCUUACAGAGGAAAACUUGGCUCUCUCUGCAGCGAAAGAAAACCGGAUAGACGAUAACGAAAGUUUGAGUGAACUCAGCAAGAUUGAUAGCAACAGCCAUAUCGCCCACGCCGAUUUGGAUUUGGAUGGAUUCUAUAUGUCGUCAGACGCAGAAACGGAAAAAAUGGAUGACGAGCCCACUGGCCAUGUCGUUUUGUCCGAGUUGGCCCAAGAUCAAGAACAGCAAGAGAAGAAUGAUAGUGCGGGAAUAGAGAACACGGUAAAUGAGGGGCCAAUUAUGCCACAAGAAAAUGGACCUCAAAUUGCGGGUUCAAGUGCGACUCUUGAAGAUUUGGACAAACCGGACUCUCCUCAAGAAGAUUCAAAAGAUGUUCCCGGGUCCAUAGUGAAAGAUGCAGAAUCUGAAGCAAUAGUGAAUCAAGAGAUCGAAGACCAGCCAACUUUCAGUAGCGUUCCAGAUGAAAUGAGCAUGGGAAUUGCAGACGCUGAGCCCCAGAUUGCCUCUGGUGAUGUCCAGAAAGGGGAAAGUGCCAUAGCUGACCCAGCAACUGCCAAACAACCGUCUGCACCCUCACAGCAACAGGAUAAUGAGUUUGAAGCUGAAGAACUCCAAGAUGUGGAAAUGACUGAUAAAACUACCCCACCAGAAACCAACGAUGCGCCUAUCAGCAGUUUUGAUGGCAGUGCAAAACCAGAAUCGAUAACAGAAAACCAUACAGAAGUGGAAAACGAUGAACAAAAAGGUGAUAUCUUGCAUGAUCCAGUUCCACAAACUGAAAGCCAAUCCUCGGGUAUUAUACCUCAAGAAGUUUCUGAAGUCAGUCAACAAAAGGACGACAGUUCUGCCUCUACGGAUAAUAGGGCUCAGGACAUGCCAGAGGUAAAUGCGUCUUUAAACUUAGCUGAAAAACAACAGGGGCCCGUACAGCAGUCGGGCCACGAACCCUCACAGCCGCCCUCGCAGGGGUCUCCGCCGCAGCCACCACAGGAAUCGUUACAGCAACCAUCUGAGCCGCCCUCACAAAAUCCUUUACAGAAACCUCUACAGGAACCUUCACAGGAACCAUCACAGCAAGUACCCAUAGAUGUUGCCGGCCCUACACAAGAUCAUUUUGAAAAGGAGGAGAACGAACAAAACGACGAAAAGUCCAAUUUAAAGCGCCAGCUCGAUGAUGUAGAUGACAAUCCUCAGUUCAAAAAACCUAGAGCACCCACUUUGGAUUCUCAUAGGGAAGGCGAAAAUGACGACGACAAUGACGCUGAUGAAGAUGAAGAUGAAGCAGAAGACGAGCUCCCCGAUAAAGCCGAUUUCAACGAUUCGCUCGCAAACGUCACUUCGAAACACAUGCCGAAAAAGAGUACUUCAAGUGACGCGGUGGAAGCCCAAUCUUUAGGGGAAACAGAAAGUGUCAGGUUGAUGGCUCUCAAAGAAAUCACAGAAAUUGAGCACCAAUUUGCUGAGUUGCGUCAAAAACUGUACGAAAGUAAAUUGGCCAAACUGCAGACAGAAACCCAGAUGUGCCUGGACGGUUCUCACCCUGCUCUUCAAAGCUACUAUCAAAAGAUCGAUUCUGUGCGGGACUUCAAGCUACGGCGUGCUUACCAACGGCAGCGGUACGAGCUCGAAUGCAUCGACAAGGAAACGAAAGCUACAAGAUGUUGCAUCCACCAAGAUUUCAUGAAAAAGGUAUCGAAUGUAAAACAUGAGAUGCUGUUCAAGACUACUCAAAAAUGGUACGACAUCAAUAAGGAAAGAAGGGAAAUCAACGUGGUGGUUCCCGAUGUAAAUUACCACGUCCCUGUCAAAAUCGAUGGUAAAACCUUAAGUUGCAUAACGGGCUAUGCAGCUCCUGCACAACUCAGACGUGAGGGAGAUCCUUUAAGUGAAGAUUUGCAAUGCGAGGGUAUUAAAGUCCGGUUCAAAAACAAUCCGGUUGAUAAGCUUGAGGUCAUAGUGGACAGAAUGAGGUUCAACAACGAAUUGAGUGAUCUUGAAGGGCUCAAGAGAUUUUUCAAUGGGUUUCCGGGCGCUCCAAACCUCAGCGGUCUCAAGGACUCGGAAGUCUACGAGGACUUGCAAAAGCUGCAGAGAAGCAUAUAG